CCCCCACCCAAAGCGUCAUGAGUUGGAUGCAAACCGUUGUCGAAGUCGGUCGGACGAAGAGAGAUUUCCUCUGUUCUGACGCCAUCUUGCUCGUGAAAAUUUAGUCGUACGGCCUGCCCCAUUUUCCGUUUUCCUUUCGCAAUGUUCCGUCAACUAUUGACGCCCGUUCGGGCCGUCCUGCAAAAUUUGGGUGCGGAAAGUGUAGGCCCCAAACUCGCCAGCCACUGCAGAAGUUCCGGAGCUUGUGAUUUCUCCGCUACCAGCUCCGCGGCCUACCACACAUCACCAGCCCUCUUCCUGGGCAGGAGGCAAAGGAAGGAAGGGAACACGAGUUUCGUCCAGAAGGAGUAUGUCGCCGACGGAGAAAAGGCGUCGAUCUUGGAGGUGCGCCAGUCGAAGGGCGACGAUAGGUUUCCUGAUCUUCAUUUGCCCACUCGAGAAUUUAAUGGAAUCAUGUUCAAGGACCUUCCUAUCGUAAAUAUAAAAGCAACAUUGAACAACACACUCCUUUGUGUUACUGACAGUUUUGGUGCAGCCUAUACGACGCGGAGUUGUGGUUAUGACGGUUUUAAAAAUGCUCGCAAGGGCACCAAUGUUGCUGCUCAAGCUACUGCAUUCACCCUUGGAAAGAAAUUGAUGCAGAGAGGCUUCCGAACAGUAAGGGUGAAAGUUUCAGGGCUGGGAGCUGGAAGACUUGCUGCAGUCAGAGGUCUGACUUUUGCUGGAGUCAAUGUUGUCUCACUGACAGACUACACACCUAUUUCCUGGAACCCACCAAGACCUCGAAAGCAAAGAAGACUUUAAGUGGUUUAAGACUGGUCUUUUAUAUUUUAGCGUGAAAGUGUUAACUUGUUAGUGUUAUGUGAGAUUGUGUUAAGACGUCGACAUUGAAACUGCAGCUGUCACCUUCAUGAUGCACUCGGUAAGUUUUUUAUCGACUGCAGCCUAGUCAAGACCUUUACGUAUCGUAAACUGGGCACUGGGGCAGUGGCCCCGGUCAUUUGUUGAUUUGGCUUGGCCGAAGCAAUCUUACCAUAGCUGAAGUCGCAAAUUCUUUAGAAUUUGGUGGUAUUCCUGUCCCUUGGCCAAUCAUAGCUUCUUAGGAAUAACAGUACUGUUCUGUAUUCCUAUUUGAUGCCAGUUAAAUGGCGUUACGCAAUUUAAAAUUUGCAUUUUUGUAAGGCAGUCACAUAGUUACUAUCUAUAUGUGUAUGCAAGGUAAAUAAAUUAAAACUUCAUGAAA